UCAAGAAAUGGGUCCGAGGUGUUGUCUUUCGCCCCUCUGCUUGCAAAUGAAUUUGCUAAAUUCGCUCGAGACGAGUUGGGCACGAUGACAUUGCAAGCUGCAUUUGAUCGAUUGGAAUACGAGCCGAAGUCCGAAAAUUCUGCCCAGUUGGAUCUUGACUCGCUCGUUGAUCAACUUUCCCUCAAAUUGCGCCAUUAUGGUCACUUAGUUUCUAAUCCCCAAGCGCUAGUUAUCCAACUUCACCGAGAGCAUAAAAAAUCUCCGAACGCCCCUCGAUUUGAUUGUUGCAACCUCUCCGAACGCGAUCUUCGAUAUGAGGGUGUCUAUGGCACUCGUGUUUCCCGACGUAAAUGCUGUGAUCUGAUACCAUUCAAUCUCCCCGUAGCAGCUUUUAAUCCUGGUCACAAUUUGACUCAGCGAUUCCGCCGACAAUUGGAGUAUUGGCCAAAUGUAAAGUGGCUAUACUUCAUCACUGCUGAGGGUCUGCACACCGAGUUUCCCGCACACAAUUUCCGUGGGACUGCAGCUGCUUCGGCGUUGGUUGAAUCGAUUGCUCUUGCUGCUGCGGCUACGGUCGCUGCCACCACUCUCAACUCUGGUAGUGGACCUGGGGUAGCAUCAAGUAGUCAGCAGGCAUCUCCAUGGCAAUCGCCAACCGUGGAGGGGAAUCAAAGGAAUAGGAGACAGCUUCCGCAUUCAUUACUCACUGCUCUUUACGAUUGCAGAUCGGUUCAUCAGCUGAGACAUCGACAAUUUGAUGAUCGCCUACAUCAGUCGAGGCAGUUUGGAUGAUCUGCAGGAGCAGAAUGCCACACUUGGACAAGUUACAGAACAACAAGCCCAUCUUGGAAAUCGUGUGGUAAUUAAUACAUACAUGCCUGUGGAGGAAAUGAGCGCCACCGUUCUUUUUGAGAAAACCUUCAUGAGUAAUCUUGCCACUCAGAUACUUUUCUUGGAGUUAUGGGAGUUGAUCUCCACGUUGCCGAUAUCUUCGAUCAAAUUGUUCAUUAUGGAGGCAGUCCAACUUCCAAUUUUGUUUUCCUUGUGGAUGCAACAUCUGGUCUUUGUAUUUAUCAUCCUAGCGGUUUCCGUGACCUCCUAACCCCAUCUUCAGCUCCGCAAGUUCGUCGAACAUCGUCAACUAGUUUUACAUCUGCUGAGAACUCCUUCCAUUCCACUUCAAAUUUCCAUGACCCUCUAUUACAUAUUGAUGUGAGGUAUCUUGAACGUACUCCUGGAUUCGAGAGUUAUGUACUGCCAAGAAUUAUGCGUGGCGAGGACAAAGGAACGGCCGAUUGGCUAGUUGAAAUCGAUCCAGAGGCAUUUUCAAGAAUUGAGACCACUGGAGUAUGGUCAGAAAGUGUGGGUACGCUCGUUACCUCAACUAAGGAGAUUUCUGGCAAAUAUAUAGUCAAAGUGACGUACCGCUGGCGACGAAUUAUCGAUCCCGACACCCAGUUUGUUAUGAUCAUGCGAUCGACUGAAUCUUUACAUUCUCCCCCAGCACGUCAACUGGUUGAAAUCACCCCUCCGUUUGACUCUUGGUAUCACAGAUUGGAUCUUUUCAAACGGGAUCAGGCGUGUCUCUACCUUCGGCAACUGGCAACUUUCAGUUCAACCACAAUCUACCUACCACCUCGAACAUUUAUGCGUCCAUUUGAGCAUUUGACCUCAGCAUCUUCGGCAUCGAGCUCAAGUGGCAGUGGGAGUGUUGUCGGCGGUGCGGAUGACAUAGUGGUGGGUCGAGGAGAGAGCGCCGAGGAAGUACGUCAUUUGGUGGCCUAUCUCACCGAUCAGACGGCACUAAUUUCCAACCCUGGUCUUCGUGUCUCACCUUCCUCUGCUCCUAGCAGCAGUAGCCCCAGUCAUAGCAGAAGGGGAACUGGAUCUGCAUCAGGUCCCUCGUCUGGAUCAGCUCCUGAUGCACGCACGGCUGUCGCUGUUGUGGAGAGGAUCGGGAAAUUUUGGAGGCAACGUGGAGCUGCGGCUACUGGGGCGAGUGCUCUUGGAAGGUUUAUUAUUCGAAGGUACAUUGUCUAUUUUUAUUCAUCAGUCCAUUUAAGUCACUUGCUAUAA